AUUAUCUACCUUCUUUAAGUUUCUAUUUUGGGAUCUAAGAAAAAAAAUAAAAAAUCUGAGCAAUGGGGGAUCCUGCAACUCCUAUAAACGAGAACCGAUCAGGGACGAGGGGACCCCCUUCUUCUUCCUCCGCCUCUUCGUCACUCUUGAAUCUCCCUCCCAACAUGACGCGAAGCGCUCUUUCUCUUGAAACUCCUUCGUCUUCUUCUUCUUCUUCUUCUUCUUCUUCUUCUAAGAGUCACAUAGAUCGCCUGCUGGGUGUAGGGCAUCAUCCUUCUCCUUCUAGAACUAUCUACAGUGACCGCUUCAUCCCUAGCAGAUCUGCUUCUAAUUUCGCUCUCUUUGAUAUAUCUCCGUCAUCGAACUCGUCGUCGGAGGGGCGUGACGAUGGGGCUGGUACUUACGCCACUCUGCUGAGGACAGUUCUCUUUGGCCCUGAUUCGGGGGUUGUUUCGCCUAUUACUCCUGAGAAACCCGCUGGCUUUAAAGGCCGACAUUCUCCAUUGACUCAUCCUAAUAGGAAUAUUUUUAGAUAUAAGACCGAAACCCGUCGCUCUCUCUACUCUCUCUCCCCUUUUGGGUUCGAUGAUACCUUGCCCGGGGUUAUCCCUAGCCCGGCAAAGACUCCGCGGAAGGUUCCGAGGUCCCCUUACAAGGUACUGGAUGCACCUGCAUUGCAAGAUGAUUUUUAUCUGAAUCUUGUGGAUUGGUCUUCACAUAAUAUGUUGGCUGUGGGUUUGGGUAACUGUGUUUAUCUGUGGAAUGCUUGUAGUAGCAAGGUGACAAAAUUGUGUGACUUAGGAAUGGAUGACAAUGUUUGUUCGGUAGCAUGGGCACAGCGUGGUACACACCUAGCUGUUGGAACUAAUGAUGGAAAGCUUCAGAUUUGGGAUGCAUUUCGGUGUAAGAGGGUAAGGACUAUGGAGGGCCACCAAUUGCGGGUUGGGGCUCUUGCCUGGAGUUCAUCCAUGUUGUCUUCAGGCAGCCGGGACAAGACUAUUCUUCAACGUGAUAUACGUGCUCAGGAUGAUUUUGUUAACAAGCUCACUGGGCACAAGUCAGAGGUUUGUGGAUUGAAAUGGUCAUACGAUAACCGUCAGCUGGCAUCUGGUGGGAAUGAUAAUAGACUUUUUGUUUGGAACCAACAUUCAACACAACCUGUAUUGAAGUACUGUGAGCACACAGCAGCUGUAAAAGCAAUUGCAUGGUCCCCACAUCUUCAUGGGCUUUUAGCAUCUGGUGGUGGCACAGCAGACCGAUGUAUACGUUUUUGGAACACAACCACUAACUCGCACUUGAGUUGCAUGGACACUGGCAGUCAGGUAUGCAACUUAGUAUGGUCUAAGAAUGUCAAUGAACUAGUUAGCACCCAUGGCUACUCUCAAAACCAGAUAAUUGUGUGGAGAUAUCCUACAAUGUCGAAGUUGGCAACACUUACUGGGCAUACAUAUAGAGUUCUUUAUCUUGCAAUCUCACCUGAUGGUCAGACAAUUGUCACGGGGGCAGGAGAUGAGACACUUAGAUUCUGGAAUGUAUUCCCCUCUCCAAAGUCCCAAAACAGUGACAGUGAUAUUGGUGCAUCGUCUUUUGGAAGAACUCAAAUCCGAUGAUUUCUGCUGCCAUUAACAUCAACACUAUUAUAG